UUGAGCAAGAAAUCUACGCAAUUUGAGACCUGAUAGGUAACCAGCAGGGUAACUGAAAGUAGGAGCUCCUCCACACCUGCUACUGAGAGUUUGCAGCUCGACUUCUUCAGAUCAGCUACCAAACUUAUACCAAACACUGAAUACACAGAUGGAGGCAAAAGAAAGUGUCUUCAGGCGGAAAUUGGUAGAUGUCCAUGGGGUACCCCUGUUCUGGAGCAUUGCAGAAGAGUGGGGCCAAGUGGAGACCUUUCAAGCCAAGCCAGACGACCUCCUCAUUGCCACCUACCCCAAAUCAGGCACUACCUGGGUCAGUGAAAUUGUGGACAUGAUAUAUAAUGACGGGAAUGUGGAGAAGUGUAAACAAGAUGCCAUUUUCAAUCGUGUCCCUUUCAUGGAGCUGAUUAUUCCUGGAAUGUCAAAUGGUGUGGCAAAACUGGGCAAUAUGCCUUCUCCUCGAUUAGUUAAGACUCACCUCCCAGCGCAACUUCUUCCCAAGUCAUUUUGGGAAAGUGACUGCAAGAUAAUCUAUGUGGCCAGAAAUGCUAAGGAUGUAGUUGUCUCAUACUACCACUUCUACAAAAUGGCGAAGAUGCACCCAGAGCCAGGCAACUGGGAUGAGUUCCUGGAGAAAUUUGUGGCAGGAGAAGUAGCUUUUGGAUCCUGGUAUGACCAUGUAAAAGGCUGGUGGGAAAAGAAAAAGAGCCACCCUAUACUGUAUCUUUUCUAUGAAGACAUGAAAGAGGACCCCAAACGUGAACUGCAGAAACUGGCCCAGUUUCUGGAAAAGGAGGUGACAGAAGAAGAAGCCAAUAGGAUCCUUCACCACACCUCAUUCGAGGAGAUGCAAAAGAACCCCACUUCAAACUAUAAGAUGAUGCCAACGGCAGAAAUGGACCAUAGUGUGUCACCCUUCAUGAGAAAAGGGAUUGCAGGUGAUUGGAAGAAUUACUUCACUGUAGCUCAGAAUGAGAAAUUUGACAAGGAUUAUGUUGAUAAAAUGAAGGAAUCCACCCUGCUGUUCCGAAUGGAGAUCUGAGCAACAACCACAUCUGGAAUCCCACAGGGGGAAUGUCGAUCUCUGUGUGUGAUGGAGAAAGGGUUAAGCAUCCUCCCAUUUGGUUUUUUGCUCUCAACCAUCCCCUUCCAAAUGAUUUUUCAGUCUACAAAAGGGUUGACAGCAGGGCCUAUGUAAGACUCUGAGAAGCCUCAGGCAGAAUGUUCAUUUGAGCCUCCUGACCCCCACUUUCUUCCCACUGUGUCAAUGUAAUUUUUUCUCAGUUUGAAAUAAAUGACAGAUAUGUUGGAAGUGAA